GAAACCGAUGGUUAUAGAUUGCUUCUCUUUCUUUCAUCUGCCCACAUAGGCUAACCAUGUCAGCAACCGAUGCAUAUUGAAUCAAUUACCCAGGUGACACACAACAAACAAUGCCAGCAAAUGCGCGGGUCACACUUUGCUACGGACCUUAUGAAUCCAGCGGAGUAAUACAACAUAGGACCUUCCGCCUCCAGGGUCUCCAGGCCGCUCUGAGAGCGCGCGGGCACCUGUGCGUUUUGGAAGAAACACGCGAGUGGAAUAUUGUGGAGCUCGUGGUCAGCGAGGAGGUCGUUUUCACCUGUAACAUAAAGGAUCUGGAGUUUGGCGGAGAUGGAAAACUGGAUCCUGUUUGCAGAGAAGCUGUUGCUGCAGUGGAGUGUGCUUACUGAAAAUAACUUAUAAAUGUCACAAACCCAAAUUUAAAAAAUACAAUUAAAAACUCUACAUAUUUGGCAAUUA